AAUGAAUUAAAAGCCACUGAAGAGUAUUCAUUAUCGAGUUGAGACGCAUAUCGAUUUAUCUUCCAAGGGCAAGAUAUCAUCUGUUGAGAGUAAUUCUUAACGUUAUGGUUCACCUAACAAAUUGCCUUCUCUUCAAAAUAUUUGCAGAACUAUUUAAGGUGAGGAUGGAACGGUAAUGAAUGAAGAUGAGGAGAUCAUAGGUUUUUGCCAUGAGAUCCUUAAUGAGUAGGGCCAAUAAUGUGAGUAGCAAUCGGACUACUAGAACAAAGUGGGUACUUGAAUUAAAUGAACGCAAAGAUCUUAAACAAUUAGAACAAUGGACAGAUGUAUAUAACUUUUAUUUUGUAGCUCAUGGUUCAAUAAUUAUAAUUACAACAAUACAGCAACAUUAGAGAUUUCUAUGAAAAAAUGGAGUUGGUCUACACUGGUUCCAUUACUUAGUUAGGUUAGUAAUUGGCUAUUAAGUGCAUUGAUUAUUAGACUAUAUUGAAUAAAAUAUGGUCAUCAUUUACUCAUGCAGUAAAGGAGAUUAUUGAAAAGUAAUCUGAAACAAAUAGAAAAAUAGAGAAAGAUUGUCUAUCAGAAACUGUGAAAUUGCAUCAAAUGUACUAAAAAACAUUGAAUGAUAAAGGUAGUAAAUUAUAAGAGGCUGAAAGAUAUUUGAAAUAAAAUUCUGAUUAAAAUGAUAAAAUGAUUAAAGAAGGUAGAUAUUUAAGAAAAAAAUGUUAAAAAUUAGAAUAAGAACUACUAAACUUAAGAAGAGAAUGUGAUUUUUUUAAAUUAUAGAAUUCUGAUCUAAUAAGAGAGAUUGAUGCAAUGAAAGUCUUUAUUAAUCAUCAAGUUGAUCCUUCUAUUUAUAUUCAUUAAAAUCUUGUUAAUGCUUAAUAAAUUGAAGAAAAAUUUGCAGAUGAAUUGUAACAUGCUAAAAAAGAGAUGUUUGAAGACUUUAAACAUCAAUUUGAAUAAAGAACUAUGAUAUAUGAAGAUAUGUAUUAAAAAAAAUUAGAUGAUUUAGAAAGAAGAGAAAUAUUAAAUUAAAAUUAGGAAGAUGAAUAAAUACUUUAAGAUUAUUAAUAAACUAUAUUUAAAGAUGAAUGUGUUGGUAAUUCAGUCACUUAUAAAACAUAAGAAACUGACACUUAUGAUUUAAUUGAAUUAUCAGAUGCAUCUGUCUAAACAAUUUAAUUUAAAAAAAAAUUAUAUGAUUGGAGUACUUAAACACCUCCUAUUGUUACAUUCAAUUAAUCUGUUGAAGCCAACUUUUCUAUGAUAAAAAGGGAAUGUAUUCCCAGAAAUAAAGAAGAAUAGACUUAUUUAGAAAUGUCCAGAUAUCCUAUUUAAGUAUUUAUUGAUGAUUAUCAUGAAAUCAAAAUUACUUAUAAUAAAUAUACAUUUAACUAAGAUUUAGAGGAUUUGAUAGAUCAAUUGGCUUAAAGAUCUAGAUAAUUAUUUAAUAUAUUAACAAUGAAGGAAGAAUUUCAUUUAGAUGAUUUUUAAUGUGUGAGCUAAUAUGUCAUUAAUAGUUAUAAUGUUUUUAUUAAGCUUAUUAGAAGUUUGGAAACCUUAAUAAUUGAAAGCAAAUCUACUUUAGUAGAAAAUAAGAUUAGUCUAUAUGAAUCAUAGAUUGAUUCUAAAUAAUCAUGUAGAAAAUAGAUUCAUGCUGAAAAAAAAUUGGAUUUAUUGAUUGUUAAACAUUAAUUAACAUUAAAAUAGGUAUCAUUCCUCUAAAAAUAAAUUAUCAGAGUUCACAAAUAUUUACCACAUUUUCAAAUUGAAACUAUAAAAAGAUAAGCAAUAAAAAAGAAAAUAUUCUUAGAAUUUCCAAAAGUUCAAUCACCUGGACCAAAUCUAUUACCUCCUGAAAAAUCAAAUACAAUCUUCUUUUCUUCUUAACCUUAAUUAUUAAUACCUCCAUAAAUCAAUCAAUCUACUAGUUCAUAAAUAUAAAAGUCUGCUUUAGAUAUAGCAUAAAGUGAAUCAACAGAACCACAAUAAUUAAGAAGAGAUUAAUCAGUUGAUUUAUCUAGAGAACCAAGAGAAACUCCACCAAUCAGUCCAACUAAAAAACAUCAUCCAGUUUAAAUAUGUAAAUUGAAUGUUAUUUUAAUUAUUUAGUUUUUUAAGAUUCAUUAGCUCCACCAGAUGAUUCCUCUUCAGAUGAUGAUUAAGAAGUAGAUAUUGAGGCUUAAUUAUCUCCAAUAAAAAAUUUAUUAUCAAUAGAGAAGAAAUUAUUUGUUAGUAAAUGUCCAUCCAAAAAUACAUAAACAGCUACUCAACUUUUAUUAUAAGAGAUAUAAUAAUUUAGAAGAGAUAGAAUCGAUAAUAUUGUUACAAGAUAAACUUUAUAAAAAUAUUUGUCUAGUUUUGUUUGUUGGUGUGUGAAAUAUGGAAAGUACAAUUAUCCUCUACAUAUAUAAUUAUAUGAAUUUUAUUAAAUAGAGAAUUUUUAAUAGCCUCCUUAAGUUUGGUUAUAAAAAUACUAAAGAAUAAUUAAGAGUAUUAUCUAUUAUAAGAAAAAGACAACAUAUGCUAAAUUAUUCCAUUAAAUGUUAAUUGGAGAUUAGAGUUUUAAUAUUUAUUUGAGUACUUUGAAUGUUAUUCAAAAUAAAGAAUUCACAGAAAAUGGAAUUUUUGUCCAAUAAUCAUAACUUUCUGAAGCUAUCAGACAAUAUGUAAGAAAUACUAUUCCAAAAUAUGUUCAACUUGUUGAUUAUGAUCAAGAGAUAUAACCAUAUAUGUAAGGUAUGUUGGAAUUCAAAACAAAAGAGAUUACAUAAAAAUAUUAGUUAAUUUUAACAUUAUUCAAUUAAGAUCGAUUUACAUAACUUUAAUUUAGACUUUUGCUUAUGGAAUUGGAUUCAUAGAAAACUGAAUAAUAGAUAAUUAAUUUAUUUAUUAAUGAAUGUGAUUUAGAAUAGAAUAAUAUAUAAUAUAUGUCACAUAAAAGAUUUUCAUAGAUUUGUGAAGAACAUAAUUUAUUAGUAAAUUUGAAUGAAUAUUUGCAAAAGAAUAAUGCUUAAUAUUUUAAUGAUAUGAAAUUAUGGAAAAUAAGAGAAAUUGAAUUAAAAUUGAUGUUAAUAAGAUCAUAAUAAUAUGAUUCUACUGAGAGAGAAGUAUUUUAUAGAAUGAAUGAAUUGAAUUCAAAUGAGUAGAGAAUAUUAUUGGGGAGAUUCUUAGAGAGAAGAGCCAAAGAACUAUUAUUAGAGUAAUAUGCAUUUGAAUGUCUACCCUAAUAUAUGUAGAUCAUACUAAAUUUUUAAUGA